AUGGAUGUGACUUGCGGAAUCAUAUAUUUUGACGUUCAGGGUGGGUCGGGCAAAACCGCAUUUAGUAGAGAAAUGAAAGAAGAUGCUUUACAAAAAAAGAGAGGCGAAGCUCAAAUGAUGAAUGCAGUGGAGGAGAUUGCGAAACGAGUGGAGCGCCUGGAAUGCGAAUUGAGGGACAUUUUAGCGGAGAAGAAAGACGAAGUUUUCAAUCCACUUAUGAGAAAGGAAACCAAGGUGGACAAAAUUGCAAAUCGACUAGAUCGCAUGGAAGGACAACUGAGAAGUUCUUCACCGGAAAAGAGAGACAAAAGUGUGGUGGACGAAAUGGCAACUCGAGUACAGCAAAUAGAAACAAAAAUUGAUGAAAAUAUUCCACAAGAGAAAAGAUUCAAAGGCUUGCUUAUGAGCGUACUGGAUGGGAUUGCAACACGAGUAGAGCGCAUAGAAAAUGAAAUGAAGGACGCUACACUAGAAACGAGAGACAGAAUCCCACUAACGGCAGGAGAAAUGACUGCAUAUCGACUGAAGGACGUAACGGAUGAGUCUACAAAUGAAUUAGACCACAUGGACGGCGCGACAAGGAAAACCCCAUCCAUAGAAAAGAAGCAAAAUAUUGUGCUGGACGAGAUCCUUAAUCGAGUAGAGCAUAUGGAAAAGAAAAUAACAGCUGUUUUACUAAAGAAGGGAGACAAAGCCGUAGUGGAUGAGAUCGCAAGUCGAGUAGAGCGCGUGGAAAGGGAAAUGAUGGUUGUUCUACUGGAAAAGGGAGACAAAAGCGCGGUGGACAAGGCUGCUUCUCACGUAGAGCGUAUGGAAAAGGAAAUAAUGGGUGUGACGGAGACGAUUACAAACCGAGUAGAACACAUAGAAAGUGAAAUAAGAAAUACGCUCUUGAUGAAGGAAGAAAUAGCACGACUGACGAGCGUGUUAGACGAGGUUGCGAAACGAGUAGAGCACAACGAGAGGGAAUUAAGGAUUGUCUCACUGGAGAAAGGAGACAAACUUGCCGUGGAAGAUAUUGCUAAUCGAAUAGAUCGUAUGGGAGGAGAAAUGAAGGAUGUGAUGGAAGUGAUUACCAAUCGAGUAGAGCACCUGGAAAGUGAAACGAGGGAUGCGCUUCUCAUGAAGGCAGAAAAAUCCCCAGUGAUGGGCGCGCUUGACAUGGUGGCAAAGCGAUUGGAGAUUAUUGAAAACGAAUUAACGAUUGUUUUACUAGAGAAAGGAGACAAAAGUGCGGUGGAGGAUAUCACGGAUCGACUAGGGCGUAUGGAAGGGGAAAUGAAGCGUUUGGUAGACGAAAUCGCAGUUCGAGUACAGCGCAUGGAAAAAGAGUUGAAUAUAAAUACUACGAAUGAGAAGAAGGACCAUUAUUCGCUAAUGAGUGUGAUGGACGUGUUGGAUGAGAUUGCACAUCGAGUGGAGCGCAUGGAAAGCGAAAUCAACAUGAUGAAAUGAGAAGAUUGCAAAGCAGUGAGGCACCUUUACAUUAUUGCGAUGUUUUGGUGGUUAACA